CUAUGAUUUCUGGGUAAAGUGCGCCCUGCUUGGUAUCCGCCCAUAUUCUCGUAACUCGGGCCAGCCUGAGCAGCAGCAGCAGCAGCUAGGCCGAAGGGACGCUGGAUCAGAUGGAAAGUUCAAUCGAUUGAUUCCUCCACUCUUUCUUUUUUUUUUUUAUUGUUUUUUGUCUGCAUGGUCCCGCUUGCUUUCCGAUACGACGUUGAACCGACUGGAAUGCGGGGGUUUUGGUGAGAAGCAGAAGUAGGAAAUGCGGAGAUCGAGUGAAACGGGAGGAUUAUCUGCUUGACUUCUUUGGUCGCUACUUCAGACGCGGAACUCCACUCUCUAAAAGGUAAAUCAUGACAGAAUAUAAGCUGGUUGUGGUGGGAGCUGGUGGUGUCGGCAAGAGCGCGCUUACGAUCCAGCUCAUCCAGAAUCAUUUUGUGGAUGAAUAUGACCCGACCAUUGAGGACUCCUACAGAAAGCAGGUGGUUAUCGAUGGAGAGACGUGUCUGCUGGACAUCCUGGACACUGCAGGUCAGGAGGAGUACAGCGCCAUGAGGGAUCAGUACAUGAGGACAGGGGAGGGAUUCCUCUGUGUUUUUGCCAUCAACAACACCAAGUCCUUUGAAGACAUUCACCACUAUAGAGAACAGAUCAAGCGGGUGAAGGACUCUGAGGACGUCCCCAUGGUGCUGGUGGGCAACAAGUGUGACCUCCCUUCCCGAACGGUGGAUACGAAGCAGGCUCAGGACUUAGCACGCAGCUACGACAUUCCCUUUAUUGAGACCUCAGCCAAAACACGGCAGAGAGUGGAAGAUGCCUUUUACACUCUGGUACGGGAGAUCAGGCUGUACCGCCUCAAUAAGAUCAGCAAGGAAGAAAAGACUCCGAAGUGUGUCAAGUUUAAAAAGUGUGUUGUGAUGUGAGAGGGGGCGUCGAUGAUGCCUUUUAUACAUUAGUCCGAGAAAUCCGAAAGCAUAAGGAGAAGAUGAGCAAGGAGGGCAAAAAGAAGAAAAAGAAGUCCAAGACAAAGUGUAUACUCAUGUGAAUAACUACCCUCCCUUUUUCAAGACAGACUAAAACAAAAAAAAAAAAAACAACAAAACAACAAUGUUGAACAGCUCAAAGUAAUAACAUUUUGUACAUUACACUAAAUUAUUAGCCUUUUUUUGUUCGAACCUUCCUUAAUAAAUACUAACCCCUACUUGAUUCUUCCCUUCGGACAUCAAUAAGCUUCAUUUCCAGUGUAGUGCCAGAUGCUGACCUGUAAGAACCAGAUGAGCCAGAUUUUUUCUCUCUCUGUCUCUUUUUGAAAAUAUAGCAAUUAUGUUGGAUUUUUCACAUUGUUACCCAACCAGGAGAAAACUGUAUUACCAAUUAUAUUUGACAAAUUAUCUAUUAUGACUCAGUUGUUUUUACUGAAAUGCCACCACCUUUGGUUGUUUGGGAUGCCAAAGAAUGAGAAUUCAUCCCGUUUGUGUAGAUAAACUGUAUCGGAGAAAAGACCAAUACUGAGCCCAGUAAGGUCCAAAUGUCCCAGCCACUGUGGAAUUCCCCCAUCUCUUACCUGUUCCUACCCCUUAGUUUUGUCACUGAUAAGUAUGCAUGCAGAUUUCUAAUCUUUCCCCCCGCCCCAAGUGUCUAAUACCCUAGUUAGCCAUUAAUUAAUUAAUUUGAAAAUUGUCAUUGCUUUGUAUUGUGUGGGGAGUGAUUUCAUGCCUAAAUGAGAAAAUGUGUUGUUUUUUCCCUUGCAUGCUUUGUGUCCUUAAUGACAUGGGGAUUACAAACUGCCUCUGGUUGAUGCAUUGAGGAACUCAGACUCUAAUUUUCAGGUUUUUAAUAAAGAGCGUUCAGUAAUAUCUUUUGUUGGAAGAAUCUUUUUUUUAAAUGAAAGAUUUAAAAGAUCGAUGAUUUUUACCCAAUGCUGUUUUAUGUUGCAGAGUUUUAGGCCUUGUUUAAUAAGAUCCUUACAAAAAAAAAAAAUUCAUUUCUACUUGUAAACCGUCUUCAUCCUCCCAGCUGAAGACUUUACAUUUUAACUGUUUGCUAAGAUGUAAAAAGUAAUUUGUUUUGUAGCAGAAUAGAAACUUUUUUUGAAAGCUGCAAGGAAAAUUUGACUCUGUUCGGAGUCCCGGAGGUUGUUAACACUUUAAGGAGUAACGUGUGGAGGUGUUUGAAAUUGGCCACCUCUCUAUAAUUGGAAUGGAUGUUUUUAAAAUGAGGCACAAAUUGCCAUGAAAUAGGUUUUUAGACAUAAAUGUCGGAGUUAAUCCAAACAAUUAAUCCUAGUUUCUCUCAGGUCAGCCCGUGUCACAUUUGUCAUCGUAUAUACAGACUGAGUGUUUUUAUUUGCCUUUUGUCAUUACCUUAGGUGCUACGUUUAGACACUUAUUUUGUCCUGAGUUGUACCUAAGAAAUGCACAAAUUAGUUUUAGGGGUGAAAUGCUUAUGUCACAGAAAAUUGGGAUUUUGCAUUUGGGAUUAAUUAAUUUUGACCCUGCUAUAUUAUUACCUCCUGUUUUUUCUUCCAUGAAGUUGAUAAAUACCUGAUGCAAUUUUAAUGAGAUCCUCCUAAUAAUAAGGAUACGUUUUAAAUUUAGUUUUACUGUAAUGUUUGAGAUGAUCCUCCUUUUAUUGUGUGCCAACAGCUGAUUUCUGAAAUGUAUCAUUUAUACCUGGAUCGUAUUUUAAUAUCCUUUGUAUAGUUGUGAUACCGAAAAGGUUUUAUGUUUUGUAAAUUGUGCUUCGUUUCGUUUGGUGUGUCUUUAAUGAAUGUUGCUUUAAUGGAGUUAUGCUCCGCUCUAUGUUUGUGACAGGAGAGUGUGUCUGGGUCCAGGUCUGCAGAGUGGAAUGAAUGACCACUUUACAGUAUACCUGUUGUGGGGUGAUGUAGGGUGGUGAUCUGAUCUAAAAAAGGUCUCUUUUUUUGCCAUGAAUCUUACCACUCCUAUUUAAUGUGUAAUAAAGAACAAAGUAAACAGAAA